AUGGAUGCGAUGACGCCCCUGCAGCUAGCGGCGAGUGAGGGCAACUUCGACAUGGCACACCUUCUUCUGGGCGCUGGCGCCAACGUCAACGCCGUCAGCGGCGUGAUGCCACGAAAAUCAAACGACAUGGAGGGUCUCAGCGGCAUGGUACAGGACGGUUCUUCGGCGCUCUACCUCGCUGUCAAGAACGAUCUGGAGCGCGUAGUGCGUCUCCUUUUGGAUGCUGGUGCCAUCGUCCAGCCCGCCCACGAGGGCGCCUUGUGUCCGCUUGCACUUAGCAUGGCCGAAGACAACCUCGAAGACUUUGUCCCACUGCUCCACGACGCCAAAUGCGUGCUCGGGGUGCGGUCGCGAUUAAGCGAGAGCGAGAAAGAUCAAGUGCGCAAACGACUUAUCGCGCUGCCCCACGAAGGCGUAGCUAUCGCCUGGACGCCACCUUGCGCAGCGUGGUCGAACGCGCCCGUGUUUCUCCUCGCGACAGCGUGCCCGACGUGCAAGACGGAGCUCACGCCCAUGGAUGAGCUCAAGAUGCUGUUGAUUUACUUGAAGACAGCGCUCAACACAAGAACACCGACACCGUUGCAGCCGAUUCCUCGCGAAGCCUUGGCGUGUCUGGUGCAGGCCAACGCACCGACCCCAGAGGAAAUUGCUGUCACGGCCGAGUGGGCGCACCGAGGAGCUCAGCACGCGCACUCCCAGUUACACAAAGACUUCGCAUACGUAUCGCAACAAGAUGCUGACAACUGCCAGGCGCUUGUGGCCGCCAUUGAGAAUUGCGAUGCUGCGACAUUCGAGAUGGUCUUGAACGAGCCGUCUGACCACGUUUGCAAAGAUAUCUCGGUACCAGUGUAG